GCUGUUUCCCAGAGGACCUGCGCCGACAAAGUUGAGACACGGAGGCCUGCCACUAUUCUCACCAGCAGCCAUCUUACAUGUACCGCAGGCGAAAAAAAAAAAGAAAACACGCUUCUUCAUCUCGUCAGUUUCGAGUGCUAUCGACAUCAAAGUGACGUCACAGCGGCGAGGGGAGCUGUCCUGCUGAAACAAGAUGGCUGUGCGGGCGGGAGGAGCGGCGAGCUGAGGCAAUGCAGGGGAGCUGCCAAAGUGGACACAGGGUUUCACCCCUGUGCCGAGCAGAAGACGACGGCCGCGCGUAGCGACCGACGAGCCCGUGUGAGAGAACACCUCGUUCAUCUUCCUCAAAUUUGGCUUUGAGCAGUCAGACGGGGAGGGAGCGAGACUGCAAAUCACGGUUCGCUCAGGCAGCGGCGGCUCACCGUAGGACAGCCGGGAUCCCUCACGCCACGCGACGGAGAUGUCCCUACUAUGCGUGGGAGUGAAGAAAGCCAAGCUGGAUGGAGCCCAAGAGAAGUUCAACACCUAUGUGACUCUGAAAGUCCAAAAUGUGAAGAGCACAACCAUCGCCGUCAGGGGCAACCUGCCCAGCUGGGAGCAGGACUUCAUGUUUGAAAUCAACCGCUUGGACCUGGGUCUAACUGUCGAGGUGUGGAACAAAGGCUUAAUCUGGGACACGAUGGUCGGCACCGUGUGGAUUCCCCUCCACAGCAUCAGACAGUCAAAUGAGGAAGGCCCGGGUGAGUGGCUCACGUUGGACUCUCAGGUCAUCAUGACUGAUAAUGAGAUCUGCGGCACCAAAGAUCCCACGCUUCACCUGAUGCUGCUCGACACGCGUUUUGAGCUGCCCCUCGACAUCCCGGAGGAUGAGGCCAGGUACUGGGCCAAAAAACUGGAACAACUCAAUGCAAUGCGGGAGCAAGAUUACUCAUACCAAGAAGAACAGGAGCGCCCACUCCGGCUUCCGAGCACCCAGUGCUGUAAUUGGAGUUUAUGGGGAGAUCAACCGAACGACGACCCCGACAGCGCCGUGGAUGACCGGGACAGCGACUACCGCAGCGAAACCAGCAACAGCGUCCCCCCACCGUACUACAGCACAUCUCAGCCCAACGCGUCCGUCCACCAGUACCCUCUCAGCCACCAGCGCCGUGACUCCAGAGGCGUCUCGUACCCGCGCUUGACCAACGGCCACGACCUCGACUACCAUCAUCAGCGGCCUCUUAGUCCCGCCGGAAGCUACGCAUCGUCCGCAGAGUUGAGUCGCUGCAGCAGUCAGCUGAGCGAAGAGGACGACGGCGAGAGGGACGCGUACGACGAGAACGACUCGUACCACUCGUGCCACUCCUCGGUGAGCUACAGCAAAGGUUCCCCGGACUGGGACCCCGAGGAGACUCAAGGCGCUUACAGCGAUGAGGGGGGCUACAGCAGGGACGGGGGGGAGGAGGCGGCUCUGUACGAGGAAGAAGACGGAGGAUUGUACGAGGCGGAGGAGGAAGGCCUUUAUGAGGACGAAGACUUGACGUACGACGAUGACGAUUUAUAUAAUUUGGACGGAAACCUCAGCGAGGAUUUGGAACCGCCAUUCACGCCCACCCCGACAUCCAGCGCCCCGCCCGCUCUUGACGUACCGAGCUCGAGACCCCCCCUGGAGAAACAACCUUCAGUUCACGAAAAGCAGCCCCCACCCGCACAAGCUGCCAAUCGAGCGUCCGGCCAGGGUCCUCCCGCCGGCGCGGUUCCGACAGCGCACCUCCCUGCGGGUCAUCAAAGUUCUCCGGCGCCGCCCCCCCAAUCGGCUCCGUCCGCCGCUUCCUUCUUCUCAAUGGCCAAACCCCUGACGGCCGCAGUCACGGGCUUAGCCUCCACUUUCCUGUCUUCCGUGCCCAACGCCCAACCCGCCCAGUCGCACUCCCCGCCGCCGCCCCCCGCCGAACAACAUCGGUCCACGGCCGCAAACCAUCUUCCACCUUCCCACCCAGCCACCUUAGCUGCCAAUCAGCCCCCCUCCCAGCAGAUUGCGACUGCCGCUCAGCCCGCGUCUUUACUUGACGCUUCUGCCGCCGCGCAAUCGCCCGCCCCUGACGAUGAGGGUUCGCAAAUGAAACGAGAGCCUCGGUCGGAAGAGGAAAAUCCAGCGGAGGAGGAGGCCGAGGUGCCCCCUGACCCUCCGGAGGAGGAUCUCGGCAUCGAGCGGAAGGCGCACGAUGAAACAAGCAAGCCACCGACCCCCGAGGAAAAACAGAUGACGCCUGAGAGUCCUCCAGUCACAGAGGAGCCCAAAGAGCCCGUGGAUCCGGCGCUCCGAGCCAAAGAAAACUGGCUUAGACUCUACAACAAGGUUUUGGACCAGCUUCGGGAGGCACGAGGAGAAACCUCCAGCUCGCUAUGGUUUGGUAAAGGAGGAAUGGGCGGUGCACUCUAUAGUAUUGACAGCAUGCCGGACCUUCGGAAGAGAAAAGCCAUUCCUCUCGUCCGGGAUCUGGCGAUGUCGCUGGUGCAAAACUCGCGUAAGGCGGGAAUCACGUCUGCAAUGGCCUCCACAACGCUCGGCAACGAAGAGUUGAAAAGUCACGUUUAUAAGAAAACGCUGCAGGCUCUCAUCUACCCCAUCUCCUCCACGACGCCGCACAACUUUGAAGUGUGGACGGCCACCACCCCCACCUACUGCUACGAAUGCGAAGGCUUGCUGUGGGGCAUCGCCAGGCAAGGCAUGCGCUGCUCCGAGUGCGGCGUCAAAUGUCACGACAAGUGCCAAGAUCUGCUGAAUGCCGACUGUCUGCAGAGGGCUGCAGAGAAAAGUUCCAAGCAUGGAGCGGAAGACCGAACCCAGAAUAUCAUCAUGGUCCUAAAGGACCGCAUGAAGAUCAGAGAGCGGAACAAACCGGAGAUCUUUGAGCAAAUCCAGGAAGUCUUUGGCCUUGACAAAUCGACGCACGCUACCCAGAUGAAACAGAUCAAGCAGAGCGUGCUUGACGGCACAUCCAAAUGGUCGGCGAAGAUCAGCAUCACUGUGGUAUGCGCACAGGGACUCCAGGCUAAAGACAAAACUGGUUCCAGUGAUCCCUAUGUGACAGUCCAGGUGGGAAAGACCAAAAAAAGAACCAAGACUAUUUAUGGCAACCUAAACCCAGUGUGGGAAGAGAACUUCCACUUCGAGUGCCACAACUCUUCGGAUCGCAUCAAGGUUCGAGUGUGGGAUGAGGAUGACGACAUCAAGUCUCGCGUGAAACAGAGGUUCAAACGCGAGAGCGACGAUUUCCUCGGCCAAACCAUCAUUGAAGUCCGCACGCUGAGUGGGGAGAUGGAUGUUUGGUAUAACCUUGACAAGAGGACCGAUAAAUCUGCCGUGUCGGGAGCCAUCCGCAUGCACAUCAGCGUGGAGAUUAAAGGAGAGGAGACCGUGGCGCCUUAUCAUGUCCAGUACACCUGUCUUCAUGAGCAUCUCUUCCAGUACACCACCGAGGACCAGAAUGGCGGCGUAGUCAAGAUUCCCGAUGCCAAAGGAGACGAUGCCUGGAAGGUGUAUUUUGAGGAGACUGCUCAGGAGAUCGUAGAUGAGUUUGCCAUGCGUUAUGGUGUGGAGUCCAUCUACCAGGCUAUGACCCACUUUGCCUGCUUGUCAUCCAAGUACAUGUGCCCCGGAGUGCCGGCUGUGAUGAGCACUUUGCUUGCCAACAUCAACGCUUACUAUGCUCACACUACCCAGUCCUCCAACAAUGUUUCUGCUUCCGAUAGAUUUGCUGCAUCCAACUUUGGCAAGGAGAGGUUUGUCAAGUUACUGGAUCAGCUGCACAACUCCCUGAGGAUUGACCUCUCCAUGUACCGGAAUAAUUUUCCUGCCAGCAGUCCUGAAAGACUUCAAGACCUCAAGUCUACCGUGGACCUGCUUACCAGCAUCACAUUCUUCAGGAUGAAGGUCCAGGAACUACAAAGUCCCCCCCGAGCCAGUCAGGUUGUGAAGGACUGUGUGAAAGCCUGCCUCAAUUCCACCUACGAAUACAUCUUCAACAACUGUCACGACCUCUACAAUAGGGAAUAUCAGACGGAUCCUUCAAAGGCGGUCCCUCCGGAUGAGCAGGGUCCGAGUGUCAAGAACCUGGACUUCUGGUCCAAACUCAUCACGCUGAUUGUGUCCAUCAUAGAGGAGGAUAAAAAUUCCUACACGCCUUGCCUUAAUCAGUUUCCACAGGAAUUAAACGUGGGCAAGAUCAGUGCUGAGGUCAUGUGGAAUAUGUUUGCUCAAGACAUGAAAUACGCCAUGGAAGAACACGAGAAGCACCGUCUGUGCAAAAGUGCCGAUUAUAUGAACUUGCACUUCAAGGUGAAGUGGCUUUAUAAUGAGUACUGCAAGGAAUUGCCCACCUUCCAGAAACACGUACCCGAAUAUCCGGCAUGGUUUGAGCCAUUUGUCAUCAUGUGGUUGGACGAAAACGAGGAAGUCUCCAGAGAUUUUCUCCACGGUGCUCUGGAGAGGGACAAAAAAGACGGCUUCCAGGUCACUUCGGAACACGCUCUGUUCUCCUGCUCGGUGGUGGACGUGUUCUCUCAGCUCAAUCAGAGCUUCGAAAUCAUCCGCAAACUGGAGUGUCCCGACCCCCACAUUGUUGGCAACUACAUGAAGAGAUUCGCCAAGACCAUUGGCAAUGUCCUGCUGUCUUACGCCGACAUCAUCGCGAAGGAAUUUCCAAAUCAUGUCAAGAAGGAGAAGGUGCCAUGUAUCAUCAUCAAUAAUAUCCAGCAGCUCCGAGUUCAGCUGGAAAAAAUGUUUGAGGCAAUGGGAGGAAAAGAUCUCAAUGUGGAGGCAAGCGACUUCUUAAAAGAACUGCAGAAUAAACUCAACAGCGUCAUGGACGGCCUCAGCCACAUCUUUGCUGUCAGUUUCCAGCCCCAAAUCGAGGACAACGUCAGACAGAUGGGGGACAUCUUGGCCCAGGUCAAAGGUCAGACCGUGCCGGCAAAUGGCAGCGUCGUUCAGGAAGCAGACAACGUUCUGCAGCCCAUCAUGGACUUUCUGGACAGCAACCUUUCGUUGUUUGCAAAAAUCUGCGAGAAGACCGUUUUGAAGAGAGUGCUGAAGGAGCUGUGGAAACUGGUCAUGAAUACCAUGGAGAAAACCAUUGUGCUUCCUACGCUGACCGACCAAACGGGGACUCAGAUGAUCUUCAACGCUGCUAAGGAAUUAGGCCAACUGUCCAAGCUCAAGGAGCACAUGGGCCGAGAGGAGGCCAAAGCUUUGACUCCCAAACAGUGUGCGGUCAUCGAACUGGCACUGGACACCAUCAAGCAAUACUUCCACGCCGGCGGCGUCGGCCUGAAGAAAACCUUCUUGGAGAAGAGUCCAGACCUUGCGUCUCUGCGUUACGCCUUGUCUCUGUACACGCAGGCCACGGACAAACUCAUCAGAAAGUUUGUUCUCUCCCAGCAUGCUCAGGUCCACGGAGGCAAAGGGAUCCGCUACACGGCAAAUGAAGACACACCUCCAGAAAAACCAUCGGGGGUGGACGCAGUUGGAGAGGUGGUCAUGCACGUGGACAUUCUACCUCAGCCUAAUGGCGAGCACAAGAUCAGCAUCAAAGUGGUGGCCGCUAACGACUUGAAAUGGAGGGCGCAGGGUUUUCGGCCUUUCGUGGAGGUCUACAUCAUCGGGCCUCACCUUAGUGACAAGAAAAGGAAGUUUGCAACCAAAUCGAAGAACAACUGCUGGUCCCCCAAAUUCAAUGAGAGCUUCCAGUACUCGCUGGGCACCGAGGUGGGUCCCGAGAGCUACGAGCUGCAAGUGUGCGUGAAGGACUACUGCUUUGCCCGCGAGGACCGCACGGUGGGCAUGGGCGUGCUGCAGGUGAAGGACAUUGCCAACAAGGCCAACGUCACCUGCUGGCUGCCGCUGGGGCGCCGCGUCCACAUGGACGAGACGGGCCUGACGGUGCUGCGCAUCCUGUCGCAGCGCAACAACGACGACGUGGCCAAAGAGUUCGUCAAGCUCAAGUCGGACCAGCGCUCAGCCGAAGAGGGCCGAAGCUGAGGGGGGCGGGGAGGGACGGGGGUACACAAGCACACACGCCGCUGUAAAUACCUUCGCCGACAUUUUUUUUUUUUGGGGCAACAUUGAGGGCAGAAUAUCUUUCUACAAAUUCAUCUUUCCUUUGGACACAUUUUGGACUCUUAGCUUCAGGUUAGCCACACUCGUGAUACUAACGUCGCACUUUUUUUUCUACAGCCAACACUUAGAUGUGAAAAUCAUGACAAGACACACGAAGAGUCGGAGGAUGACCACUUUUGCACUUUUGCCUCCCUGCAUAUUCAAGGAGAGCGUCGCUAUGCUAUGCUAUGCUAUGCUACGUCCGUCUGCGUGUUUGCGCCUUGUUCUUCCACCGCCUGCCCGUCUUGUGUGUGAACCGGAUCUCCUGGGCCGCGAGUCUGAGAGAAGCUUUGUUCAGUUAACGGGGGUGUCCAAACAACGGCUAGCAAGAAGAAAACGUCAGGUCCAUCUUAAAAGGAGAUGUUGCUGCGCCUAGCAUCCAGGAGGCUACUAGCGCAUGACGCAUGCUUACUAGCUAGGUUUCAUUGGGUACUCGCCGGCCAAAAUUACAAAGUAGUGUUUAAAAAAAAAAGUUCAUUGAAUAAUACUCAUUCAAUCUCCCCCUUCAUGUUUCAUUUUUCUUGAAAAAAAUAUGACAAUUGCAGCCAGACUUUGGACAUCCCCGUUGAUAUUUUUGACGAGAACCCCACUGACCUGAAAUCAGCGUCCGUCAGUCUUUAACGUCCCGCAUGUUGAAAGCUCCCUACCAACACUGUGAUUCACCUGCUGUAACCACGGCAACCGCUCACCUGCUCCCAGUAAAAUGGCUGCCUCCAACAUUUGCCCAGCGUGAACAUGAUGCGUGUAUCGUUGCGUUUCAUCUGGGAUUUGACUCCAAGCCAUGUUGCGGUCCGUUGUGUGGUUAUAAUACACAAGCGUGGAGCACAGAAACUAAACGGUGGUACCUUGACGUGCAGGGGACCCAACUUAGGAGCUGUAUGUAAGAGUAUGUGUGUGCCGCCGAGCGGUAAACUUGUUUCAUAUCGUUAGCUUGUUAGCAUAGUGGCUUAAAUCAUAUUGCAAUGUUUUCAGAAAACUAGGAGAAAAAAAACAACCAAUUCAAUUGCAUAUGAAGUCAAUGACAGCGUGAUUGACACGUUUGAGGUGAUACGAAUGGGGGGCCAGCACAUUUGCUCAACUUUGGAAAUUACAACUCUUACACCUCAUGUUGCGACAACCAAUUGGUGACGAGAGUUGUCUUUUUUAUACAGUACAUUAUUAUUUUUCUUAUGUAAAACGAGAUGUUUUGUGUGUUGGAACGGAUUCAUGUUGUUUCUGUUUAUUUCAAUGGGCGAGAAUGAUUUGAGUUGAGCGCUGAUGGCGGCAUGAUUUCAAUUCGUACGUCAAGGUACCACUGCACUUCCAAAAAGGGCUAGCAGACCCCUACCCCAGCCCCUCCCCCGCCAACCCAUCACCUUGACUCCGCCAUACAAACAUGGCCACCGUGCAUUGAGUCAAAUAUGGAGCAGGGCAAGGUUGUCGCUGCGCAAAAAAAAAACUUGAGAUUGUGAGCAAUACGAAUGCGCCGCCAAUCCAAGCAAGAAGCAAGCGCAAUCUAAAACGCAGUCCCCCACAUCAUUUCCUCUCACUGUUUGGUCUGUUUUUGUGUGGAACUGUUGAAGAUGAAAUAUGUUUGUGUCCUUAGACAACUAUUUGCCUUGAGAAGGACCCACUUUGCACCAACCGGAGUUCUUGCUCGAUUUUUAUUUGAAAGACAAGCCAUCAGAGUCGCCGCCAAGCAUUUUAUGAGCUAAUUUAUGUCCACUGCAAAAAAAAAAGGCUGACAUCCACCGCCGUAGUCCACAGCGUCUUGUGUGUGUGUGGUCUGAUUGAUGUCAUGAUGUCAUUGACUGUGACCAAACACUGCUGACCUAUCAGAUGUUUCCACCGCAAUACAAUCACGAUGAAUGGUAUUCACUGUAUCUCCAAGAGAAACAUCUUUAGGCCAUUAUCUGUAACGGGGUUUCCCAAACUUUUAUUUAUUUAGUUUUUUUAGCUCAAGACUCAAAUUAGAUGCCUUUGAAAACUCAGUUAUGUCCAGUUGCAAUCUUUUUCGGUGAAAAGAAACCGAGGGCUUCAUCACCCGCUUCAUGGCGUAUAUAGCGUCAACCACACGGCGAUCUCUGCUCAAGCACAAAUGGCCACGUCAAGAUGACACACAUGCAUGCGUUGCACGCCGACAUGAUGACCACCCCUGUGAAUAGAAAACACAAAUGCAUGAUGGGAAUUUAGUGUGCCAGCACGCAUCCCCUUUUUGUUAUGUUGCCCUUCCUAUCAUUUGUUUUUGGAAAAAAAAAAGAUGUAUCAUCCACGUUUGUUUUCAAGCUUGUGAAUAUGUCAUCUGUAACAACGUUGAAUGUAGUGUGAACACGGAAUUCGCAUGAGAGGAUUAUUUUCUACUAAGGAUGUUUCUAAUUGGUUUCCUAUCAUAAUUGAUUUUUCUGAUUGAUUGAACUAGAAUGCAGCCUGACUGAUCUGCUUCCUAUUAAAAUGACAUUUGUGUCACA